AUGAUUGUAAGUGCUCUAGAUGGUGAUGAUACGCUCACAGCUACCCAAGUUUCCCAUAAACUUAAGCAACAAUUAGCUUAUGUUCCUCAUCAGAAAAGAGCUGAAGACAACUUGGAUUUGAGAGAUGAAGAUCUUAAUGGCUGUGAUAUAGCCAAAGCACAGUAUUCCAACGAUGAAACGUUGUUUUCCCUAAGAAACAGGCGCAAGGAGAAUCAUAGAUUACCGAGUAAAGAGGUACCAGAACAGAAGAUUAAAGAAAAGCUUUUGCAAAGUUUCGAUGAUGAAACCCUAAGCUCUGUUAUGAAUGAAGUGAUCACAGAGAAUGACUGGAAAUUUGUCCAGCUUGGGCUUGCUCUAUUUUAGAACAUUUUAGCCAUUCAAGACAUCUCGUUGCAGUAGAAGGCUGGGAGUCUGCAUGCCACUCAAUUUUUGUCUCUGAGUAACCAAUUUUUGGAGCUGUUAUUCUUCAUUGAUUUAGAAGAUGAGUUGUUAUUUUUGGGGAAAUCUGUGUUAUAAUGCACAAUAGUAUGAAUUGGGAUAUGCUACUA